AUGCAUCUUAACCUAAGUCCCGAACCCAUGUCCGACGGGUACGAAGGAUACGGUGAACUGUCCUCUCAAUCCUCCUCAUCCACUCCGGCAGCCCGUCCGCCCGUUUCUCCCACGCACGGGAGUACCGUCUGCGCGCUUGGAUUCCUUCCGGUGGAAUCCGUCUCCAAAGGCUACCCACCGGAGGAGGUUUGUCUAAGGGCGGCACACUCGACUGUCGCUGCCGGGACCGCGCGGGUAACUACGAUACGCAAGUCAUCUUCCACCGGCCUGCUGACGACAAACGAGGCGGCCAGCGGGAUGAAGAACUCGAACUGGAUCCGUUCGAUCCGAUUGGCCAACGAUGUGCGGAGUUUCAAUGCGCUGCUCGAGCUAACGUCCACGCAGUUGCUCCGGAUUCGGCUGACGGGGGACGUGAACAGUGGCGAAGAGCUGAAGCUUUGGUUUGCCGAGGAUGUGAUAGCACAUAUGCAGAUUCCGUUCCUUACGCCGGUCAACAUUCAACGACAAAAUUGCUACGUCUGUCACCUCUGUCAAAAGUCCUACGAAGAUCCGAAUCCACUAAAGAUCCAUCUAGCUACCAGCUGCAAUCGGGAACCGGUGGCCAUCCUUUGGCAUCGACUCCAUCAGGCUCUGGCUGCCCGCUACGGGCCCUUCAAUCCUCUUUUCGAGUUCCAACCGUGGCGCCAUUCGGCCUUCCGACCCGUCCUCAAUCCGCACGUCGUCAAGCUGGACCACCUGUCAGGACCGCCCUCGCCAGCGCACCGACACGUUCACCCCCCGCCGACGGAACCGGUGGCAGCGGACGAACCGACCGGAGCGCAUCUGGUCACGGCUGCCCAUCUGGAAACGAUCGUCAGCAACAUGGGCUCGUCGAAGCAGGGCCACGUGUGCAUCUACUGCGGAAAGCUGUACUCACGCAAGUACGGCCUCAAGAUUCACAUCCGCACGCAUACUGGCUUCAAGCCGCUCAAGUGUCAGUACUGUCUACGACCGUUCGGUGAUCCGAGCAACCUGAACAAACACAUCCGUCUGCACCGGCAGCACGAUGGGUCGCUGUACGAGUGCGGUCUGUGCGGUAAGAAAUUGGCCCGCCGGCGGGAUCUACAGAGGCACCUUCAGGCGCGGCACAACAGCACACAAAUCCUCGACCAAUCGACCACCUCCGAGGACGACGAUGAUGACGACGACGUCGAGGAAGGUGAAGGGGACGCUCGGAGUAAUGCAAGGCGGGGAGACGCCGUCUAUAACGCACACCGCACGUGA